AAGGGGAAAGUCACAUGUGAUAACAGUGAGAAGUCCAUAUGUGACUAUUCUUAGCCCUGGAAUGUAUACAAUGCCUCAUUGCCUGGUGGUUCUUUCACAAAGCUCCAGAAAGCAGCGAAAGUGCCUUCAGAAUAAACAAAUCCAGAAAUGAUCCUCUAUGAAUCACUUACCAACAGAAAGAAACAUCUUGAGGGUAUACAGUUUUUGCUCAUGUACUAGCUAUGGAAAAUCUCAGCAGAGACUAAAGGACACCAAGUGAGUGAAUGCAGUGAAGGACAACAUAAGGUAAACAUUUCUACCAUGUGAUUUCACUGCAGAUUGAACAGUCAGAUUGUCAUGAAGAUAGCCAUCUUAUUGUUCUGCCUGGUACAUUGUUUAGUCGUGUGUCUGAUUAAUAUAACAAACAACAACUAAGCAGAGUUAAUAAAUAACCAUUUUAAUGCAGAUUCCCAGUCUCUAGAGUUUAGUUUGUCCUGUUGCAGAGUUUAGCUCUGCCAGAUUUACAUUCUUCAGUAAUGACUAACUCUAAGGGAAAGAGACAUAAGUUACUAAAUUGCGAAUACUUUAAAAAUAGCGAAGAAAAGGCUGAGCACAUUUAUUAGACAUGUUUAAAAUGAACAUACAAUUUGCUCAGGGCUUUUCCCUUUAGCCCCAAGUCAGCAAGAUCAUUUUAGUGCUUAUGCUGUGUGUGAGGCUCACAGAAGAUGCCGACCUCACAUCCGAUACCUUUAAAAAACAAACAAACAGAUGCUGAAUGACCUCGUGGCUUGUAUACUCCCUUCCCACUGCACUUAACCAGUGUUCUUAUUUCUGUGCGCAAACAGAGAGAGAAUAUUUAGAGUAACCAUCAAUGUUCUGAUCCCUAGCCCCUUUGGAGCUGGGCAUUUAUAUAAAAGCUGCUAAGAAUUUGUCUUCCCUGCCAAGCCCAAUAUUCCUCUCUCUCACAUUUCGCUAUGGAGGAAGAAUCUGCAAAGGACCUUCUCUUCAAAGACCAGGACUUCUCCUCUGAACUAUUGAGGCAGCUCAACGUUUUAAGGCAAAACGGGAUGUUGACUGAUGUUACUCUCUGCACUAGCGAGUUUGAAAUCCCUUGCCACAGGAAUGUGCUGGCUGCAAGCAGUCCUUACUUCAAGGCAAUGUUCUGUAACAACUUUAAAGAGAGUUGCCAGGCAAAAGUUGACUUGAAAGGCAUUGACUCCAAUAUUUUGUAUCAGAUUGUCCUUUAUGUUUACACAGGAGAGAUUCUUAUAACAGCCGAGAACGUCUUGUACCUAAUGGAGGCCACUUCCAUGUUACAGUACAUUAAAUUGUUCCAGGCCUGCUCCUUGUACCUCCAGGACCAGCUGACUCCUGAGAAUUGCCUGAGCAUGAUAAGGCUCUCUGAAAUCUUUAACUGCCAGAAUCUCAAUAAGAAAGCCAAGGAGAUGGCUCUGAAAUAUUUUCCUGAAGUAGCCUCUUCUGAAGACCUGAAGGAGCUUUGUGCAUUGGAGUUGAUCAAUUACCUUGGGGACGAUGAGCUCUGUGGUGAGGAGGAACAAGUGUUUGAGACACUCAUGGUUUGGAUCCGGCACGAUCUCCAGGCGCGACAGGGCUAUAUCCAAGAUUUGUUCAAGAAGGUCCGGCUUCAAUACGUCCACCCAACCUUCCUUUUCCACUUCAUUGCCAAUGACUCCCUCAUUCAGUCUUCACCCGCUUGUAGAAGCAUCCUGGAAUCAGCUAGGAGACAGAUGUUUUCAUUAUACAGCACCAGCACUCCUGACAUCAAACCCAUGUGGCACGUUCCCCGCAGAUAUUCGUACCAAGAGUUCCUCAUAAUCAUUGGUGGCAGGAAGGACAACCAGACGACAACCAGGGACGUCCUCCUAUAUGAUGAGAAGACCAACCAGUGGCUGAGCCUCGCCAAGCAUCCUGUGCGCCUUUACAAAGCCUCUGCAGUGAGCUUGCAUAGCAAUAUCUAUGUGCUAGGAGGGAUGCCUGUUAGCUGUGAGAAAAGUCCAGUCAGUGAUAAUGUUCAUAUUUUCUCCCUCAAGCUAAAUCAGUGGAGGUUAGUUGAACCCAUGCUGGUUCCACGCUAUUCUCACAGGAGCAUAGCCUAUAAGAACUACAUUUUCUCAAUUGGAGGAAUUGGAGAGAACCAGGAAAUUCUGAAUUCCGUGGAGAGGUACGACAGCAUUUAUAACAUCUGGGAGAACAUGGCAAACAUGCCCGUUGCUGUCCUUCACCCUGCCGUUGCAGCUAAAGACCAAAGAAUUUAUCUCUUUGGAGGGGAAGACAUUAUGCAAAACCCUGUCCGUCUAAUACAGGUUUACCACAUAUCCAGGAACAUGUGGUUUAGAAUGGAGACCAGAAUGGUGAAGAAUGUUUGUGCACCAGCAGUGGUGAUUGGAGACCGGAUUAUCAUUGUUGGAGGGUACACCCGGAGAAUAAUCGCCUACGAUACUAAGGCCAACAAGUUUGUUAAGUGUGCAGACAUGAAGGACAGACGGAUGCAUCACGGAGCUGCUGUGAUCAAAAACAAGCUAUAUGUUACUGGAGGGCGCUGUCUGACUGCAGACAAUACAAUCCAAGACUCUGAUUCAUUGGAGUGCUAUGAUCCUGAGACUGACACAUGGACUUCGAAGGGGAAACUCCCACACAAACUCUUUGACCAUGGAUGCCUUGCUCUUCAGUGUGUCCCCUAUUCCAACCUCCUGUAAAGGAAUCUUGUGUUACUCUGGCCCAGAGGGCCCAAAUUGCUGGGUAUGGUGCAUAUGGAAAGUACUAGCAACUGUCCCAAUCAUCUGCCAGUGAAGCAAGCAAAGAAGGCAGUCAUCUCCAGGGUGCUGUGUGCAAAAGGCCAUGAAUUCUCAGAUCUAUAUGUACAUACUGCAGCAAAAUGGGAUGUAAUUUGCUGUAAAAUACUGGAGUACAUACUGUAUUGCCAACAGUCCCACCCUGAGGUCCCUACUCAGAUUUUACUCAAGCAAUUGGAGUAAAAACUGUGCAAGAGCCUCAGGAUUUCGCAGAGUAUAACGUGUUUUGGAAGAUGAUAGAAAUGCUGAAGUCUCGGGGGAAACAUGUCACAACAAAGUUGCUAAUGUAUUUAUAACACGGCCCUCUACUUGACAGAAACAGGACUCCUCAAGUGUGUGUCGUAGCCCGGAUACUAACAGGAUUUCUCCUUUAGUUCUGGUGGCAGGGGCUUUAGGAAUAGGAGGAUCUGAGUUCUAUCCCCCACCCCUCAUGAAGUUCUGAGUAGCCAUGUGAUGCUAAAUAUCCAUGGAUUUGCUACAAUACUCAUCUAGUAACAGGGAAAACCUUUCUGCCAUCAGUUAAUGCUAAAACAAGGGCUUUGAAAAAUGAACAGGUUAUAUAGGAAGGUAGGGAAGAAAUGACUACAUUUUAUGUUCCACAUCACAAAUUAGAGAGGAACAAAACCCCAAUCCUUGACUCUGAACCCUUUCAAGUGUUGGUGAGAUGGAGAUUUGAAUCCCUAGAGCUGACCACUGUCCUGGUGACUGGAGGAAAGUGGGUCAAGAUCUCUUUAAGAAUUUUCUCUUCUAUCUUCUCCCUUAAGGAACAAGAGAAGGGUUGCCAACCCUCCAGGAUUGGCCUGGAGUCUCCCGGAAUUGGCAUUGAUCUCCUGGUGACUAUUGACAGCAAUCCAGGAGAUUUUAAUAGUUUAUUUUAAGAAAAUAACAUUAUGUCACAUUGGGGAAAAAUCUCUCCCGGAAUAGCUUCAGUCAGAGUUGGCAACCCUAGAAGAGAAGAAGGAAAUGAAGAGAGGGGCACAAGAAGCCCAAAAGUUGUCUACUUGUUUCUUCUUUUUGGAGAGAAGAAGAGAAAGCUUCCAGUCCUCUCUCUACGUCAGGGAUUACAAUGAAGUCAGACAUAGAGGUUGGCUAGGAAGCUGCUAAACCACAGGAACUCCUGUACAGCUGGAAAAACGAGGGUAACAGAUGCAAGACAGUGGAUCCAGAAGAGAAGAUAUAUUUGCAGGGAGCCACUCUCUUCCCCUCGCAAAAACUAAAACAAAACCUACCAUCUGAUAGUGAAAAUGUCCUGGACUCUCAGACCAGUCAGCAUAAACUGUUGAGACAGUGAGGGGUUUUCAUGGCAGCUGGUGAUCGGCAUCUAGGGAAAGGAUGUCCGAUACGCAAUACUGUGCUCAUUGUAACAAGGCCUUACAGGAGUGCAGACGAGUAUGAGGAACUGAUAGGCUAAUGGAAAGUAGUUGAAUCAGAGGGGGAAAUUACAUUUCAAGUGGCUAGUUUUAAUGCUGCAACAGAAAAUUGUUCCCUAUAAAGCAAAUGGUGAUGUGAUUUUGCUACUUGUGGUUUUUGCCAGCUCUUCCCUUCUGGCAAUCUGAGUAAACCUACAUAAGAGGAAGUGGGGAUGAUCACAGGUUCCACCUAGGGUGACCAGAUAGCAAAGGUGAAAAAUCAGGACAGGAGGUGGGGGGUAAUUGGCACCUCUAUAAGACAAAGCCCCAAAUAUCAGGAAUGUCCCUAUAAAAUCAGGACAUCUGGUCAACCUAAUUCCACCCUUCAGCUCCUAAACUUUCCACCAAGGGCCUGCCAAGUCUGCAUUUUCUCCAUGGAAUUGGACUGCUUGUGAAUGCCAGUUGCGGUAUUUUUUUUGAGCAGUCAGGGGUUGUGGAACUUCCCAAAAUACCGCAACCCACACUGCUCAAAAAAUACCACAGCUGGCAUUCACAACACAAGUAGCCCAUGUACCCCCCUGCAAAUGCCACAUGCGGGGCGGAGGCAGAUCCGGUCCUCCGUUCACGUUCUGGAUGCUGAGCUCUCUCCACACCCCAAUUGGUCCCUCCUCUUCAUCUGCAGCUGGUGGAUCCCACCUGCCCUGCCAGGUAAGCAGAGCUGCCAAGCGCCUCUCAGCCAGGCCGCCUGCCCCACUGCAGGGCCUCAGAGCCUGGCCAGGAGGGGUGACAAGGCCAGGUCCUGGCUCCCUGCCCUGGGAAAGGAGAGAGGCCUGUAGGGAGGCUGACUGACAGGCUGGCGCUGCAUCCUGGGGCUGUGCUACUCGCCCUGCCACUGUGACAGAGUGCAACACUGUCCCCAAACUUGAGUGUGAGACCACAGGUACCUUUUCCAGCAUCCCCCAUGUACCUCUACCAGUACACACACACACCUAUCCCACAUCCCCCCAAAUACCUCUCCCAGUACACCCUCCAGAUACCCCCUGCAAUACCCCCCCAUAUACCCCUCCCAGUACAGACACACCCAUCCAGCAUCCCCAACUAUCCCUCCCAGUACACCCUCCAGCAUCUCCAAAUACCUCCUCCAGCACCCUCCAUAUACCCCUCUCAGUACACACAUCCCCAUCCCCCACACACCCCAAAUACUCCCUCCCAGUACACCCUCCAGCACCUCCAAAUACCCCCUGCAGUACCCCCAUAUACCCCUCCCAUUACAGACACACCCAUCCAACAUCCCCCCAACUAUCCCACCUAGUACACCCUCCAGCACCUCCAAAUACCCCCUGCAGUACCCCCCAUAUACUCCUCCCAGUACAGACACACCCAUCCAGCAUCUCCCCAACUAUCCCACCUAGUAAAUCCUCCAGCACCUCCAAAUACCCCCUCCAGCACCCUCCCAAUAUACACACACCCCUCCAGCACCCCCCAGUAUUUCCUCCCACUACCCAUGCACCCCUCCAAAUACCCACUCCAGCACUCCCCAAAUGCCCCACUAGUACACACAUGCCCCUCUAGCACCACCCCAAAUACUCCCUCCCAGUACACACACACCCCUCCAGCAACCCCAAAUGCCCCUCCAAGUACACACACACACACACCCCUACAGCAUCCCUCCCAACACCCCCUCCAGCACUCCCCAAAUACCCCCUCCCAUGAAAUACACACCCUUCCAGCACCUACCAGCAUCGGGGUUUUGAUUUUGAAUUUGACUGUCAUCUCACAGCUUUGUUGCUGAUGUGGACAAACCCCUGCUGGGGCUUGUAGCUUUUUAAAAAAAAAAAAAUCAAAUUUGUACUAGCUAACUAAGGAAAGCUUUUUGUUUGUUAUUUGAUGUAUAGACCAAUGUGUUAAUAAAAAAAAACAAAAACAA